AUGCAAAGGCUCAACACAACUACUGAAUCAUCCUCACCACUCUAUUCUCAUUCUUCGUUCUUGUUGAGGGGAGAUGAAUCUAAUCUUAAUCCAACACGUUUCUUUGAUCCUCAUCUUUCAUUUCAACAACACUAUGUUGAUUUAAGUUCUAUGGUUGGUGCGAAGUCUAACAAUGUUGCUGUUGCAGCAAGUAACUUGCAGUAUGGAACAUUCAACACUAGUCUUGGUUCAGCUUCUUCUUCAGGCAUGGGAGAUAAUACUCAAAAGACUGAAGAUACUUCAACAGAAGAUAUUGAUACUGAUGAUAAAAACAAUCAAUGUUUUUCUACUGUGUCUUGGUGCAAUGGUGUUGAAAAUGAGGCUCUUGUGGUUGUUGAUUCCAAGGAUCAAUGUAAGACUAAGGAUAAAUCUGAAGAGCAGAAGAAUCUUCGGAGGCUGGUUCAGAAUCGCGAGGCUGCGAGGAAAAGUCGGUUAAGGAAAAAGGCAUACGUGCAACAAUUGGAGAGCAGUCGACUUAAGCUUGCUCAAAUAGAGCAAGAGCUUCAACAAGUACAUCAGCAGGGUGUAUUCGUUGCAACCGGAGUUACAGCGGAUCAUGGUCAUUCAGUCGUGGGAAACAGUAGUUCAGGCGCGUUAGCGUUUGAUAUGGACUAUGCUCGUUGGGUCGAUGAGCAUCAACGACUAAUCAAUGGCGUAAGAUCAGCUAUAAACUCACAAAUGGGUGAUAAUGAACUUCAUCUUCUUGUUGAUAGUGUCAUUACACAUUAUGAUGAGUUAUACCGAUUGAAGCGCAUAGGUGCGAAAGCCGAUGUGUUUCACAUACUUUCUGGUUUGUGGAUAACACCUGCCGAAAGAUGCUUCAUGUGGCUCGGUGGUAACCGUUCGUCUGAACUUCUCAAGAUAGUUAGAAACCAUCUCGAUCCGUUAACGGAUCAACAGUUGAUGGGGAUCUACAAUCUGCAGCGUUCUUCUCAACAAGCCGAGGAUGCAUUAUCUCAAGGCAUGGAAGCAUUGCAACAAUCUCUUACCGAAACACUUUCGUCCACCACCAACGGAUCGGGAAAUGUCGCCGGGUACAUGGGCCAAAUGGCCAUUGCAAUGGCCAAGCUAGCCACACUAGAGACUUUCAUUCAUCAGGCCGAUCUCUUGAGGCAACAAACACUCCAACAGUUGCGUCGAAUUUUGACUGCGCAUCAAGCUGCUCGCGCUCUCCUCGUCAUAAAUGACUACAUUUUGCGAAUUCGAGCACUGAAUUCAUUAUGGUUAGCAUGUCCUAAAGAGUAA